AGCUGAUGCAGAACAGUAAAUGCACGUGCUACACUUUUGAAGAUGCCGUAUAUCUCGAUUGCCAAGACACGAUAUUAAAAGAUAUAAAAAAUGCCCUCAAAAGAGUUAGUAAUGUGCACGCGUUUUCUAUAUAUGAUCUCGACGGCAGUGAGGAAGAAUUGGGACCACAUUUUAUACCUCAAGGCUCUUGUAUCAAACACAUACAUAUAUCUCGAACUAACAUAAGAUACAUUGACGAUGAAACGUUUACGCCAUUGAGAAAGUGCCUUGAAAGCUUGAGCAUUUUAUCAAGCAAAAUUAAGUUUAUACCUCAAAAGGCACUAUCCGAUAACGUUAUUAUCUGUCGUUGCCAAAAGAACAACACGUGGACUUGGAUUCAAGAUCAUCCAAAAAUAAUAAAACAGUAUGCUGUUACUUGUUUUAAUGAGGAUUAUCCCAAAGAAAAGUGUGAUCUACCUUUUAUCGUUCAGUUAUCUGCAGACAAACAGGAUGAUAAUUCAGUUUUAAUAACAUGGCUUAUCAGAAAUCGUACUUCUGUAAAAGCAUUACAUGUGCUAUUACAACGAAAUCACCUUUUCUGAAGUGAAAUUAAAGCACGUAGAUCUGAAUUCAACGUCUACUCUUAUAACUGAUUUGGAGCCGAAUAUGAAUUAUAUGGCAUGUUUGCUAACGAUGUAUGAUAAUUCUGUCAUCAAUUUGUUGAAUGAAGAUUUCAUAGGCAUCAACAGGACGGAUUUUGAAACUAACAUUACUGCAAAAGAAUCGUAAUAUAGCGGCGUCACUGAUUGCACAGUCUACAGCAAGUGAAUGUGUUACUUUUGACACGAUAAAAAAACCGCUGAUAAUUAAAACAAAAAUGGCAAAGAUUACAAACUUCGUCUAUAUUAAAUCGUCGCACUGGCUUGAUUGUUGGCUGUUCACUAGGAUUCAUAGUGUUCUUCGUAAUGGUAACUGUUUUAUUAUACACAAAAUUUAAAGAAAGAAAAAGAAUCGCAAAAUCAGACCCUGCUUGGUCUGAAAUGAACGACUACCACUCCAUACAAAGCAAAGAAGAUAUUAUCCAACAUUCAACGACAGCGUCUACUGAUAACAUUUUAUUAGGGAUGACAAAAAAUCGUAAUGUAUCAUUUGACAAAUUAUAAAUACUCAUAUUU